AUGACCACCUUUCUCAGCCUGCCCUUGGAGAUCCGAGAAAUAAUCUACAACCUCACUCUCCCGGUACAGCAACUCAAAGUACAGGCAUUCUGCGACCAGGCAUGGUCAGACGCUGAGAAACCAGCUGGCAUCCCAGGCCUUCUCCUGGUCAAUAAAGCGGUCUCUGAAGAAGCUGCCACCGUCUUCUAUUCUCGGGCCGUGCUCAAUAUCGCCCCCUUACGCAUCCCUCCCUAUCUCUCACACUCGUUGGGGGGCGACGGUGCAAAGCUCAAUCUAGCCUUCGGCCUGGAUAUCGAAUUUGCGUCUGUCCCGCGCCGUCACUUGCAGCGCAUCACCAGGUCGCACAUCUACAGUGGCCAGCAUGAUGCCAUCUCGGCCGAAGCAUACGAAGCACUUUUACGCUGGCUUGUCGAAAACACUGCCGUGCAGACGAUUUACUUGUCUCCGCGCCUGAUGACAAGAUUGCGAGGGGCCAGGGUCGAUACCAGUGCCACUUCGCCAUCGUCGAUCGCCGCCGUGGGAAGUGAUGCGCAUACGUGA